AUUGUAUAGACUGAGGUUUUUAUCUCCAAGUAUAUAAAGUCUGGUCUCAGUAGGUGGGCCAACGUAGACUUGCAUAUAUCCUGCGGUAGCGCACUAAGGGGUAAAAACAUAAGGAUGUUCCGGCUCAUCCUUCUGCUUGCGGCCGUGUCUCUGGCACUGGCUUACAAGAACCCACACUAUGCAUCAGGCCGUACAACUAUGGUGCACUUGUUUGAAUGGAAGUGGGAUGACAUCGCAGAUGAGUGCGAGAGGUUCUUAGGCCCCAGAGGAUAUGGUGGUAUCCAGAUCUCUCCUCCCAAUGAGAACUUGGCUAUCUGGUCCGCCAACCGCCCCUGGUGGGAACGCUACCAGCCAAUCUCGUACCGCCUGGUCACCCGUUCCGGUAACGAGCAGCAGUUCGCUAGCAUGGUGCGAAGAUGUAACGAUGCUGGUGUCAGGAUCUACGUGGACGCCAUCAUUAACCACAUGACAGGCACCUGGAACGAGAACACCGGUACUGGUGGUAGCACCGCCAACUUCGGCGACUGGCACUACCCCGCUGUUCCUUACGGCAGAAACGACUUCAACUGGCCUCAUUGUGUCAUCUCUGGCAGUGACUAUGGCUGCUGCCCUGAUAGAGUACGUAACUGCGAGCUCUCCGGUCUUAAGGACUUGAACCAGGGUACUGAAUACGUUCGUCAAAUGAUCGUCAACUACAUGAACCAUCUCAUCAGCUUGGGUGUCGCUGGAUUCAGAAUUGACGCCGCCAAACACAUGUGGCCCGGAGACAUGCGCGUCAUCUUCGACCGUCUACACGACCUCAACACCGCUCACGGUUUCCCCUCCGGCGCUCGUCCCUACAUCUACCAGGAAGUCAUUGACCUCGGUGGCGAAGCCAUCACCCGUGACGAAUACACUCCCCUUGCCGCAGUCACUGAAUUCAAAUUUGGAAUGGAACUUAGCCGUGCCUUCAACCGCGGAAACCAACUCAGAUGGCUGGUCAACUGGGGACCUGCAUGGGGCCUCCUUGCUUCAAACGAUGCUCUAACCUUCAUUGACAACCACGACAACCAAAGAGGUCACGGUGCUGGUGGCAACAUCCUCACUUACAAACAGGCUAAGCAGUACAAGGGUGCGAUCGCUUUCAUGUUGGCCCAUCCUUAUGGCUGGCCUCAGCUUAUGAGCAGUUUCGACUUCCACAACACUGAAGCUGGUCCUCCAAUGGACAGCAGUGGCAACAUCAUCUCUCCUUCUAUCAACUCUGACAACUCUUGCGGUAACGGCUGGAUUUGCGAGCACCGUUGGCGUCAAAUCUACAGCAUGGUAGCCUUCAGAAACCACGCCGGUAACUCCGCCAUCAGCAACUGGUGGGACAACGGUAGCAACCAGAUCGCUUUCUGCAGAGGCAACCAGGGCUUCGUUGCUUUCAACAACGACUACUGGGACUUGAACCAGACUCUUCAGACCUGCCUCCCCGCCGGUACCUACUGCGACGUGAUCUCCGGCGAGAAGAGCGGUAACAACUGCACCGGCAAGCGCAUCACUGUCGGCAGCGAUGGCCGCGCCAGUAUCUCUCUAGGAGCCAAUGACUACGACAUGGUGCUGGCCAUCCACACUGGUGAUGAAUCGAGACUGUGAAGACUUUCCGGUUAAAGAAAAAAUCACUGAAUGAAAUAAUGUUCAAUUAAAUCUGCAUUGUUCUAA